AGGGCUGGUGCGAUCAACAACAAUGCAGUGAUGAAUUCCAUUUGCAGCGGAGGAAAAACUUCCGAUCUAGGGUUUUGAAAAUCUUAAACAAGUCACUUUCUUUCUUUUCUUCUCCUAUAACAAUGGGAGUGGUAAUCGACAGUCAAGUUUGGGAGCCAAAUUGGGCGCUUUAUCUAUUCAUAUUCUUAUCAUGUUUCCUAUCGAUUCUUUGUCUCCCUCGCCGUUGGAUGAAUGGAAACAGGUCUUCCAAUAUCUUUGAUAACUCUUUGACUGCUUCGUUUCCUCUUUUCCAGAGGAACUUCCUUCUUCUGUAUUCGAUCUUUUCAGUGAUAGAAGGUCUUUGGUCAGUGUUUGGAGAGUAUGAGUUAUCAUACUAUGGUGUUGAAAAGGAACAGAUGGUGUUAUCCCUUUGUAUUGGUUAUGCAGCUGCUCUAUUGCUUGGAAGUUUCUUCGGCAUGCUUUCGGAUAUCAUAGGUCAAAGGAAAGUUUGUUUGAUGUUCUGUGCUCUACACCUAUUUGUUGCAUUAUGUAAGAGAAUUCUUGGGCAUCCGAAUCUUUGGUUAGCAAGUAUUUCUCUUUCCCUUGCCAGUUCUAUAUUCUCAUUCAGUUUGGAGACAUGGAUGGUGGUUUACCAUGAAAAGCUGGGAUUUCGGCAAGAAUCACUGGAUGAAAUGUUUUGGUUAUUGACAUUCUUUGAGUCCGCAUCUUUCAUUGGUAGCCAAGUGCUGAUAAACCGGUUUACUGAAAGUAGUAAAGGAAAUCUAUUGAAUUAUCCAACUUUUGCAACAUUUUUGUUGGCAAUUCUCGCAACUAUCCUCAUUUUUCGAGGAUGGAAAGAAGCCCCAAGGACAACAACAGUAAAAAGUUAUAUUAAAUUAUUUGUCCCUCAUGUCUUUGCUGAUAAACAUGUGUUGGUGCUUGCAUGGGCACAAGCUUGCCUUCAAUUUUCUACUGCAGUGUUUUGGGUUUUGUGGGCACCAACUAUAGUGGCUGAUGGGCGUGAAGUGCAUUUAGGAUUGGUUUAUCCAUGUUUGCUGGGAGCUAGAAUGCUUGGAAGCACAGGAUUUCCAUGGUUAUUCGGAGGACCCUUAUCUCUUCGGACCGAGGAAUGCUUAGUAUAUGUGUUCAUUCUGUCUGCUUCUAUUUUAUCCAUAGUAGCUUAUGAUUACCAGGAAAUUGGAGUUCUUGUAGCGUUAUUCUGCUUAUUCCAAUCAUGUGUCGGUCUGAUUCUACCUUCACUUGCCCGAUUGAGGACCAUGUAUGUGCCAAAUGAGUUGCGAGCUGGAAUGAUUGGUCUUUCCUUUGCUCCUGCAAACGCUGCAAUUCUAUUUUUGUUAUUGCAGAGAGGGUAUUAUAAGAACAUUGAGAAUUCAACAAUCAUCAGUUUUGCUGCUAUUGGUUUAUUUUCUGCGGCGGGGUGCAUGCAUUUGUUAAAGAGAUGGGGGAAGCAAUCUCAUCGAAACUUGCACAAUUUAUGAUACAGAAAAAGAAGAG